AUGAGCUUGGCGGAUAUUGCUACUACCGUUAAACGCGACUUGGUGGUACCAAGGCCUUCCUGGAGUGGCACCUUGGCAUGUGCAGACGAACAUGCGGCAAACUAUGGAUGCUGCUUCCAAUUGCGAAGCAUAGGACACGAAUUCACUCCACCCCUUGUUCUCGCUAUGCCCAAGCUUGUGAACUUCGCUGAUCACUGCCCGGCAAAGAGUCACAAAAAUCUCGUUACCGCCAAGGCGGGGCUCUCGCUGGCUAUGGGUAUGGGUCCCUGCAAGGCGAGUUGGCUUGAAAUUUUGACCCUGCAGCUUCCUAACAAUCAACUUGGAUUUCGCAUUGCUUCAUUCGAUCCGAAAAAAAAGUAG